AUGUCGCUGGGCCCCCAAGGGCCGGCCAUUACGGCCCUAUUAGACUCCAUUGUGGAGCUGGUAGAGGCCGGCCUGACGGCUUCACCGGGCCCCCUUUCGGCCCCGGUAAGUCGUGCCCCUGCGGCAUCUCAGGUACCCCAGGUACCGCAGGUGUCCGCUGAUGGCUUUACGACCGUCACGAGACGGCGUCGGGGUCGCAAGGCGCAGAAUGCUGCCCCACCUAGACCCGGCCCUCCGGGGCCAUCUCAGAUACCCCAGGCGACUCGUCGCCCGCAGCCUACUACUCAACAACGGCAGCAGCAGCAGCAACCCAGGCGCCAACCACCGGCCCCACGCCGCCAACCCCCGCGUCCUGCUCCACAGCAGCAACAGCGCCCUCCUGCCCCUCGCCGUCAACAGGCCCCCACCAUCGGCAAUCGCCGCAACCCUCACGUGGCAGCGGCGAAGAAGGCGGCGGCCGGCGGCGGCGAGAAGCCCGUGAUUAUCAUCCGGCCCUCGGGCCCGAACCCGCCAGCUCCUCUCUCCAAAGAGGAGUUUA